AUGUUGUUUUUAUUAUUUAUGAUUUUUCUAUUAUGUCCAUUAUUCAAUGGAAUGGAUCAAAAUGAUUACUGGGCUUGCUGCAAUUCAUGCUGGAAUGGUUUAGAAAAUUUAUGCCCACAACAUUGUUGGAAUCUCCAUCUUGGAGAAUGCAUAAAUAUUUGCUGGAACAAUUUCUGUAAUUAUUGUGAUAGCUUUUUUGGGAAUCAAAAUGCAAAUCAAUCUGAUGAUCAUUAUGAAGAAGAGGAUUGUGAAGCAGAUCAUGAUGGAGAUGGAUCUGAAGGGGAAGUUCAAGAAGAUAAUCAUGAUACAGAGGGCCAGUGGGAAGAUUAUACUAGGGGAGUGUGGGAAGAAAUGCCUUCUACAUCGCAAGGACAUACAAACCAUUAUCAUUAUGAAGAAGAAGAAGAAUGUGAAGCAGAAUAUGAAGAGGAUGAAUCUGAAGGCAAUUUUCGAGAAUAUGAUAAUACUGAAGGAGGGUGGCAUGAAAUGCCUUCUACAUCGCAAGGGCAAACAGGCCCUCAUUAUGAUAAUUGGGAUGAGGAUGUUUCACAGUAUAACCCUGACAUACAUAUUCAAUUUGGAGGAAUGAAUAUAGGAGGUAUAAUUUUAUAUAUGAAAUAA